GAGGCUGCCCCGGGCUGUGGGCGGUGCUGGAGGUGCUGCGGGCCGGGGCCGCUCCCCUCGGUGCCCCGGAACGGCAUCGCGAGCGGGGAUGGCGAACAGGCUGCUGCGGCUGCGGGCGCUGCUGCGGGGGGCGGCCAGGGGGCUCUCGGCCGAGGCCAGCCCUCUGCAAGUCGAGCAGCAUAGCAACAAGCGCCCUGAACCGUCUUCUGCUAAAAGUUUGAUUGAUAUCGGCACUCGGAGGAUCUUCACGUCAGAUCACGAUAUCUUCAGGGAGAGUGCCAGGAAGUUCUUUCAGGAAGAAGUGCUGCCUUUUCACGCAGAAUGGGAGAAGGACGGCCAGGUGAGCAGGGAGCUCUGGGCAAAGGCUGGACAGCAGGGGUUGCUGGGUGUUGCCAUCGCUGAAAAGCAUGGAGGCAUCGGAGCUGAUAUCCUCUCUUCCGCUGUGGUCUGGGAGGAGCAGAUGUAUGUUAACUGUACUGGCCCAGGAUUCAGCCUCCAUUCAGAUAUAGUUAUGCCUUACAUCGCAAACUAUGGUUCUGAAGAACAAAUCAAACGCUUUAUCCCUGACAUGGUUGCGGGCAAGUGUAUCGGAGCUAUUGCCAUGACAGAACCCGGCGCUGGCAGUGACCUGCAAGGAGUACGAACGUACGCUAAAAAGGAUGGAAGUGACUGGAUUCUUAAUGGGAGUAAGGUGUUCAUCACUAAUGGCUGGAUGAGCGAUGUGGUGAUCGUGGUCGCGGUUACAAACCGGGAGGCCCGAUCUCCCGCUCAUGGGAUCAGCCUUUUUCUGGUGGAGAACGGAAUGAAAGGUUUCAUCAAAGGACGCAAGCUGCACAAAAUUGGCCUGAAAGCUCAAGACACAGCAGAGCUGUUUUUUGAAGAUGUGCGGUUGCCAGCCAGUGCCUUGCUUGGGAAAGAGAACAAAGGCUUCUAUUAUCUGAUGGCAGAGCUCCCUCAGGAAAGACUGCUCAUUGCUGAUAUGGCCCUUGCUGGUUGUGAAUUCAUGUUUGAAGAAACAAGGAAUUAUGUGAAGCAAAGAAAAGCUUUUGGGAAGACCAUUGCGCACUUGCAGACUGUGCAGCACAAGUUGGCAGAAAUGAAAACGCAGAUUUGCGUGGGCCGAGCUUUCAUGGACAACUGCUUGCAGCUGCAUGCGGAUAAACGUCUGGACUCCUCCACAGCUUCCAUGGCAAAGUAUUGGUGUUCUGACCUCCAGAACAGCAUAGCUACUCAGUGCUUGCAGCUGCACGGAGGAUGGGGGUACAUGUGGGAGUAUCCAAUUGCAAAGGCGUUUGUGGAUGCCCGUGUCCAGCCCAUCUAUGGUGGUACCAACGAAAUAAUGAAAGAGCUGAUUGCUAGAGACAUUGUCAGUGACAAGUAGGGCAGGUGCCUGCUACUUCGGAGAGUCUUCACAGUCCUUUUUUUAUAUUAAUAUAUGGCAUUAAAUCAGAUAUUGCUAUGUAAGUAAAAUAAAUGCAUUGUAUAGUAUUCCUUCAAGGAAGUGACACUAUUUAAGAGAGUUAGAUAUCCUGCAUACGAGCACGCUGUUAUUACUAUUUAAUGAACUUCCAAUUUGAGUAUCUUUGGAUGGGACAGAGUAUUCUUUGGGUUCCAGAAGCUGUGAUAGCGAAGGGCAAGAUCGUGUCUGGAACAUCAUGAGUAGCUCAGUCUUUCAGACCUGACCCUGUUGUAUUGAAUCCUACCCUUGCUUUCCAGCAUGAGAUCUCUUCUCCAAAGCAGCCACGCUCCUAACAAACGCACAGAAGUUAAUGUUACUGUAGCUGGGAUGUGUAUUUCCCCCUGAAAAGUGUCCUGUGCCCAGCAGCACCCAAAGCCUUUGCUGUUGUGGCUGUGUGCCUGCCUGCCUGCCCGUUGCGGGGGUGCACGGCUGGCCUCUGUGUUUACAGCUCACCCAGAAUGCCUUAUUUUAAUUACAUUGAUCAAAUAAACUGAAUAAUAAAGCAUUUCUAUGCA